AAAAGAGAGAGCCCAGGCUGACAUCACCUGCCUGCACUGGACCCCUCUGGCACUUAGGCCGUGUCUUCUGCCCACAGUGAGGCAGCCUUGCCCCGGAAACCACGGGCCCUCUCAUCGCAGCUCUCAAAAGAGACGUCUGUGACGGGACGGGUAUGACAUAAACCAGGAAACGCAAGGGCAGCGUAGAGGGAAAGAGCAACACAUGCCAUGUCAUUACCGGGGAUGUUUCCGUUCAUUAGCAGCAUGCCGGAAAAUUGCUGCUUAUGCAGCGGCUGCCUUGGCCCUGAGGCAGCGUGGGGCCAGUAUAAAAGCCAGCCCAACUGAUGGCUCUCUCAGCCGCUUCCGUCACCUCCUUCUCCUUGGGAACCAGGUGCACCUCCAGCCCCAAGCCAUGUCCUGCUGCAACCCGUGCCAGCCCUGCCAGCCCUGCGGCCCGACCCCACUGGCCAGCAGCUGCAACGAGCCCUGUGUCAGGCAGUGCCAGGACUCCGUCGUCGUCAUCCAGCCCUCCGCCGUGGUGGUGACCCUGCCCGGCCCCAUCCUCAGCUCCUUCCCGCAGAACACCGCCGUGGGCUCCUCCACCUCCGCUGCCGUUGGCAGCAUCCUCAGCUGUGAGGGAGUGCCCAUCAACUCCGGGGGCUUUGACCUCUCCUGCAUCACCAGCCGCUACUGCGGCAGCAGGUGUCGCCCCUGCUAAAGCCACUGGUGACGGCCCGGACAAGGAUCCGCUGGAACCCAGAAGAUGAUGCCAGGCUGAACGACGGAGACUCUGGCCAUUGCUUUGAGAGGGGCUGAGCAUGCCUCACGCCUCCUGCAACGGGUGUCAGCCCUGAGGAAGGGGCCAGCCUGGGCUCUCUUGAAACAUGACCGAUGCCUCUCGUUGCCUUCCUCCACUCUCUCCUUUUCCUCCUUUGCCUUUGUUUUUGUCCACUCCCCUGGGCCAUGAGGCCCACCAAAGCCAGCCUAGGGGGGACCUGCCUGUCCCUCUCCCUCUGUGGGGCACUGGCUCUUGGCUGUCCGCGCGACCCUUUCCCUGUGGCCUCCCCUCAGAGACAUCUUGUUUCCCUCUUUGGACUCAUUAAACUCUGCAGCAUCCCA